UUCUGCAUACUCCCAUUUCUCCUAUACGGUCACCGUGAAAAAAAAUUUGUUUUGUUGUGCUCGCGCACUUCGCUAGAACUCGCUAACAGUUAUGUGUCUUUGUUCAAAACAUAUUAUUUGCCGUAGUGACAGUUGAGUGGUGAGUUUCGAAUCGCCGAUUUGUCUUUACUUUCAAGUUCUCCGAAUUCGAAUUGGAGGAGGGCCAGCCGACCGGAGGUAUCAACUUUAUAUUGCAGUGUACGAGCCAUCACCGCAGCCAUACGCACACAAGCUCGGCCCACGCGUCAAGCUUCAUAUUAACGCAUACACAGCUUUGGAUGUGUGGAGCGUUCAAAGAUGUCUAAGAUCACGGUGGGGAUGACUGAUGGAAUUAUUGUUUUCAAUGAAGACUAGAGAAAAAGCUGGGCAUUUAAAUCAAAAAUUUUGUCAUUAAUAAAGUAAAAAAUGAAGACCUUAACUGCACUAGCAAUCUACGUCGUAGCUGUACUAUAUUUUGGAGACACAAACGCUCUUGAGGGUCCAAAUGUUUGUACGAGACAAGAAGCAUAUACUGUGACCGUUAAGGUUUCCGUACAAAAGCCAUACACCGAGAGACAAAGAUCCUUUUGCUUCAACGCUCCCCCGAUAUGUUCUAAGUACAAGAUUAGCUUCAAGACCGUCUUCAAAAACGAAACUAUAACAAAAUAUCGCCCAGUUGAAGAGUGUUGCAAAGGCUAUGCUCAAACAAACGACGGAGAAAAGUGCGUAGCAGUUUGUUCGAAACCUUGUCUCCAUGGGUCAUGUAUAGCACCUGACGUCUGCAAAUGUGAAACUGGAUAUGGCGGACCAUCUUGUGAUGUCAAAUGUCCACUGGGUAAGUGGGGUAAAGACUGCCUGGAGACUUGCCACUGCGAGAACGGCGCAAGCUGCGACCCCUACGAUGGCAAGUGCACGUGCACUCGCGGCUGGACUGGGGACUACUGUGGAGAGCGAUGUCCGCCCAAUAGGUACGGCCAAAAUUGUGGUGAAGAGUGCCGCUGCCGUAAUGGAGGUAGCUGCCAUCACAUAUCCGGCGAGUGUCACUGCGCUCCAGGUUACACCGGCCCACUAUGUGAUAAUCUUUGCCCGGCUGGAAAACAUGGUGACGAUUGCCAAUCGGAAUGUCGUUGUCAAAAUGGAGGAUCAUGCAGUCCAACGACGGGCAAGUGUUUCUGUACCCCAGGAUGGAUGGGUUCAGUCUGUGCCAAUAGAUGCCCUGAAGGUUUCUGGGGUAAGGAAUGCAAAGAAACUUGCGAUUGUUACAAUGACGCAGGUUGUGAUCACAUAACUGGAGAGUGCCAAUGCAAACCUGGAUUUUAUGGGGAUAAGUGUUUGAAGAGUUGUCCACAAGGUAAAUUUGGUCUCAACUGCGAGGGUACCUGCCCCAAGUGCGAAAAUGAAGCUCAGUGUUCGAGCAUCGAUGGUUCAUGCAUGUGCAUGCCAGGCUGGACUGGUGAUAGGUGCAACGAACGCAUGUGCCAAGAUGGUUUUUAUGGUCCAGAGUGCUCAAAGGUUUGCGAGUGUGACACCGAUAACACCGAGCUGUGUCAUCCGUGGACAGGCCAGUGCAGAUGCAAGCCCGGUUUGGCCGGGAAAACAUGCUCACGACCCUGUCCCUAUUACACGUACGGCAAUGACUGCCAGAAUCGUUGUGACUGCCAGAACGAUGCCCAGUGCUCACCCGUCAACGGCACUUGCAUAUGCGCUGCUGGCUAUCGGGGCGAGCGUUGCGACGAGCUCUGUCCUACCAACACCUUCGGCGAGGACUGUGCACAAAAGUGCGUCUGCCUUCAUAGAGCUACCUGCUCACCCGAAGAUGGACACUGCAACUGUACUGCAGGCUGGGACGGUGUACACUGCGAGCGUCCUUGCGCCCUUGGUUUCUUCGGAGUCGAUUGCAGCGAGAAAUGCAAGUGCCUGAACAACGCUGCUUGUGAUCCGCAAAAUGGAACAUGCACGUGCCCACCGGGUUACACGAACGAGCUGUGCGGCAACCGUUGUGAGAGAGGCUUCUUUGGCAUUGGAUGCUCGCAAGUGUGCGAUUGCGAUCCCAACAACAGCAUUGAUUGCGAUCCGGUUACCGGACGUUGCAUCUGCAAGCCAGAAUGGAAAGGGAUUCGUUGCGGGACAAAGUGUCCAAACGGUUUGUACGGCGAAGAGUGCCACAACGAGUGCAACUGCAAGAACAACAGCUCGUGCGAUCCGAACACUGGUGAGUGUGUAUGCGCACGGGGUUGGGAGGGUACAGAUUGCUCGCAGCCGUGCAAGAAGGGAUGGUAUGGAAUGCGCUGCAAGGAAAAGUGCCCUGAUAAAAAUCACGGUAACGUAACAUGCGACCACGUGACGGGACAGUACGUCUGCCGCGCGGGCUACGUCGGUAUGACGUGCGAGCACCCGUGCCCUGCGAACCGCUGGGGCCAAAACUGCGACGAAUACUGCGACUGCAAAAACGGCGCAGAGUGCCACCACGUGACCGGGGUCUGUCAGUGUCUGCCCGGCUGGCAGGGCGAGCACUGCCAGUUUCGCUGCCCCGAGGGCACCUACGGGGUCAACUGCACCCAGCACUGCAAGUGCCUCAACGGUGGCAAGUGCCGGGCGAACGACGGCUACUGCAGGUGUGCACCAGGCUGGACUGGUACCCGGUGCACAGAAAUUUGUCCAGAAGGAUACUACGGUGACCAUUGUAUGGAGCCAUGCGAGUGCAAAAAUGAAUUUUUCAUUUGCCACCCCGCGGAAGGUUGCAUCUGCAAACAUGGCUACACAGGUCCAGACUGCACUGAAGAGCUGUACUCACGUAACGUUCAGCAAAAGGACGAAGCAGGCUACGGUGGUGUGGUUGGUGGUAUUUUCGCUGGCAUCAUGGGCAUAGCAAUAUUCUGCGCAGCCUGGAUGUACCACAGAAAGCGCGUUGCUAAUCUUAAAAUGGAAAUUGCGCAAGUGCAAUACAUAGCCGAGCCAGUCACACCUCCAGAUCGUAAUCAGUUUGAUAACCCUGUGUAUUCGUAUCAAGGAAAUUCAAGAAACGAUGACGGUACGGAUACACUUCUUAACAAUGUACAAAUCAGGAAUAUGUUAACUAGAAAAAACGUAAACAGUGAGAAAACUAAAUUAGGUCUCGGUUUUUGUACAGACGAUGACGAGGAUAGCUGUAAAGGUGAGCAUGGAUUACAAUACAACCACUUGGCCCUACUAAAAAACCGAGACGCUGAUCUAGGUAACCCUAACAUGAAUGUGUACCACAGCAUCGAUGAGAUGGACAAGAAAAACUCCGAGCACGUCUACGACGAAAUAAAACAGAACAAUUCCGAUCUGGAGUACGACCAUCUGGACUACACGAGAGCUCAGAGCGACCGGAAGCCCCAUUACCAGCGCAUGGCCAACAGCUUAGGAUCGAGCUAUCGUGACUCUGGGUGUGGGCCUAGCAGGGCCUCUACGUCUUCACACAACAAUCACGAUGCCGAGCUUACCAAAAGAUAAAAAAUGCAAAAUAAGGAUUCCAAUGUCCUCGUAUUUUUCUUGACUGUUUGUCUUCUGUGACCGUCCCUUCCGUUUGAGGUAGAGCUUAUUCAAGCACGCCUUUAAUCUUAGUUCAUCGUAUCAGCAUCAACCUCAAGUAAUACAUCCCUGUUUCGUUGGGCACUAUGACAUUCGUAUGUAUAAUUUUUGCGAAAGACUGUCUUUUUAUUUUAUUUUACGAAGUUAUUAUAAUUGUAUGGUGUUUCGAAGGUUGGAACGAAGGUAAGGAAAUUAAGUCUUCGCAUUUUUUUGCAACUUACCGAUGUGUUCAUCUUUGUGUAGCUUUCGAUGAAUUUUACUUAUAUUCGUAAGAAGUUUUUGUACGAAAAUCAACCUUUGAAUUUUUUAUGUAUUUUUUUGUAUUCGAUUUAAACAUUGUAUUCUGUCCUACAUUGACAUAGUGUAACGUAAUUCAAAUGUCUUAUAGAAUAAAUUAUAUCCUACAUCGAUGUAGUGUAAUGUAAUUCAAAUGUUUUUAUAGAAUCUGCUCUGGUAUGCAGAUUUAGUGAGCGUGAAGUUAUGAACUAAGAGCAUAUCCAUACGUGAAUUACGGCAUAUCUAUAUUUUUGUUGGACACUUUUAAAAUGUUUAAGUAAUGUUUAGAAAUAAAUCUAAUGAAUUACAAAUUGAGAAAAAUCAUAUCGAAGCCAUUUUUUUAGAUGAAUAUUUGUGAAUGUUGAAAUUUUAAAAAGCCAAACAAUGAAAAAUUAUCAAAACAUAUUUUAAAUCGAACUCAUUUGAUGGCAAUAUCAUGAGAGCAAGCUUUCAUUGAAAUAUUGAUGCGGACAAAGUUCCAUUACUUGUUAAUUUUUGGAUACUGUAUCCAUGUAAAUAUAUUUUUAUCUACGAUUAGUCAUAUAACGUUGAAUAUAUAUAACGUGUAUUAAGUGACACGAUAUUUGCGUAGCACGCAAGUAUUUGUCGAGAGAUUUGUAAAUUUGUUUGUGUGUACACGUAUACUGUUACACUAUUUAAAUAUUUUCUGAACUUACUGUAAAUAUUUCAAAGAGGUAAAAAAAAAAAAAAAAAAAAAACGAUUAAAGUGCCAGUACUGUCAGGAAAUGACAAGUUACAAAAGUUUUAAGGAUUCAAUGCAUUUUCAACUGUACAUAAAUUUAAUAUAUUCCACCUCACUGUACAGCAACAUAAAUCAUGAAGUAAAUGGCCACAGUCCAUUGAACAAAAUAUAAAUGACGCUCGAUUAAAUUUAGCCGCUUACGUUACGUUACACUUUUGGCUUAUUUUGCUAUGGUAAAAAACCAUUCGGCUCUGGCAUCAUUCAAAUUCAGGAAUUUGUUAUCAUAAUUGUUGUAUUUGUAGUUUCGUAUAAGCAGUUAUCUAUUUUACUAUGUGCCUUGUUUUAUAACCGGACAAAUACAUACAAUAUUUAACAUUUUUAGGAUUUUAGUGGUUUUGACAUCCAGCAUUGUUGUUCUUUUAUAACUUAAAAUCCAUAAUGCAUUGAAUCCUCAAAAUCUUGCAGUUCUGUUCUUUUCUGACAUUAUUUGGUGUCUACGUACUUGUAUGCAGUGAACACAUUUUUAUCUAUUAUUCAACGUCUAUUUGUAUUUUUUAUUUCUAAACUUUAUAUGCCCUGCAUUGAGACAUGUUACCCCAUCAAAAACCAAACAGAUUUUUACAAGAAUACGCAUUUUUACAAUGACAGUUUGAAUUAUAAUAAAACCCAAAAUGUGAAGUUAUAGCAGUACAGUGUUCAAAUAUAUUGCGCGUCUGUGAUAAAAUGAGAAAUGCAAACGAAGUAAAGGAGACUUUCAUGGUUGCGCAUAAGGCCUUAAUGUAUGUAAAAAAAGAUGUACAGUGCACUCCCUAUACGUUAAGCUAAGCGUACAUUAUCAGAUAACGCAUAUAGGUAGGUUUAUAUUUAUAUGCUACAAUGAAUAAUUUUUUUCGAAAAAAUUGUAUACGCUGUGUCUGACUUUAAAGAAAUUGAGAGCCAAUAAAUCAUCUAU